UCGCACUCGACCGCAACCCCUUAAGCUUACUAUCUGCACGCAUAGUCGGAAUGGAUGACAGUACUCCCAAGUGUAAUCCUUCACCCGAACCUUGCGAUGUGGAAAAACAGCAGUUCGUAGACUUGGAAAAGAUCGAGGAACCGAUGCCGCUUUACUUGACACUGUUCUCAGCGGUCGCAACUGGGUCAAUUUUGUGGUUUUCCAGUGAGACGCAACUAGAUUCCCCUGUUGACGUUGAUGUCCCUACGCACGAUCCUCAAACGCAUUCGCUACGCCAUACGCUCUUACGCGUAGUCUUCAUUGUCGGCACCUUACUGAGUUUCUGCGUGGCACUCCUCAUCGUUUUGAGCAAGAUCCUCAUGCGCCGGCACACGCUCACUCUGGUACUACCGCCUGAUGGUCCUCGUCACCUCCACAAGUAUAGGGUUCAAUGUCUACCCGCGAUACCAGCAUCAAUGCCUACGUGGUUCAUGCAGCUUCUCAAGUCAUUGUGGUGGAUCUUGCUACUUGUUCAGUUGGUGAUUGGUAUGGCACUACUCCUGAUCCGCUGGCUCUUUUAGUGGCUCGCCCUUGCCCAUUAUCCUUACACUCUCUCAAUCUGGCAACAAUACUUCGCAUCGUCUCUUUCUUGCAACGAAGUUUAUGUAUACCUUCACCCUUGACCCAUCAGCCACAGAACGAUUUUAUUUUAUUAUGAG